AUGGUCAACGGAAUAGCCAUUAUUUUCCUUUGCGGUGUGGGUCUCAUCCAUGCGAGCCACUUAAAGGAAGAACUUCAAUCGGUCCACCACCGCUUAAGCAUGCUUAAGGAGUCACUAUCCCUGAAUUUUGACCACGAAAUCAUAGACACUGAAGCAUCUGGCACGAAUGAUACCCAAUGUCUGGCGGAUAUGAAGGAGUUUCUUGGAGGACUAACAGCUGGCAGCUACUGGGCAUUCAAAAUGCUUGAUUCCUGGGGUUCGUUUCCCUCGGGUCUGCUAUACGGAACCUUUUACGAUCUGGGAAACUUCGAUGAGUGCCUCAGUGUAAAUCAAGAGAUCAGCAGCAGCCAAACGAUUAAGGGAAAAUAUUGCUUCAUGGCAGUGCCUCUGAAAGAUUUUCUUGAUACCGGAAUAGAAUCCUUAGAAGGCAUGCAGAUCAAGAUUGCCACUUGUUUUCCGGCCUCCUGUUCGGCAACUCAAAUCGAGAAGCUUGCUGGGCAAUUAUAUCGAAAGAAGUUCAACUCAAGCAUGAAUUUUAACAUGAGCAUUGCUGAGGACGGUUGCCAGACAAGCGAUUCCGAUCCUUGGGAUGGCCUCACCAUUUUCACCGUGGUCAUUCUGUCAGUGCUUACCCUAAUAGUGGUUAGCGCAACACUUUACGACUAUUUUCGUUGCACAAGUCUACAAACACCUGCCUUGAUCAAGAUCAUAUCGGCUAGGGCGAAUUCGCGAGCUCUUUUUCAUCUUCAGGAUGGCAGUUCCAGUUCGAAUGUAAUUGAUUGCCUUCAUGGCAUUAGGUGCAUGUCCCUCAUCUGGGUGGUUUUUCUGCAUGAGCAUAUGUAUUCCCUGAUAUCCCCAAACAUCAAUUUUACCCAUGCGCUUGCGUGGCUAGAGAAACCGGCAGCCAGCUUUUUCGUGCAUGGCUAUUUCUCAGUGAACACGUUCCUCUUUAUCGGUGGCUUGCUGGUAUCCUUGACAGCGCUGCGCACCAUGGACAAGACCAAUGGAAAACUGAAUGUCCCCAUGAUGUAUGUGCAUCGCAUUAUUCGCAUCCUACCCGUGCUGGCCAUGGCAAUCUUGAUCUACGUAAAACUCAUGCCGGUUGUGAGUGGCGGACCCCUUUUCAAAAGUGGCUUCCAUGGCAAAGAGGCGUGUGUGAAUGGCUGGUACUGGGACCUGCUCUUCAUCCAGAACUAUGCUACGAAAACAUGUCUUGAUCAGUCGUGGUAUUUGGCUGUGGACAUGCAGCUGUACAUCCUCUCCCCUCUGCUCCUGAUUGCUCUCUACAAAUGGGGCAAGAGGGCGGCUUGGGGCAUUGUUGGCAUUGUGGCUUUGCUGUCUGGUUGCCUGUUUGCCACCCAAAUGGUCAAUCAUUACUCAAUGAGUAUUAAAAAUGGUGGUGGCGAUGAUGAGGCCAACUCAAAGCUGUACCUGGCCACGCACACACAUGCGGCUCCCUGGCUGAUUGGAUUCCUGUUCGGAUACUUCCUGCACCUGAAUCGUGGCAGAAAGUUCCAGAUGAGUCGACUGGUCGUGUGGUCGGGUUGGCUCCUCAGCCUGGCCAUGAUCUUCACCUCGAUCUUUGCACUUUAUCCGUCUGCGAAGUGGAGCGCUCCUCCCCUUUCCACGCUGGAGGAAUCUCUGUACUACACUCUCACUCGGGUUGGCUGGCCUUUGGCCAUGUGCUGGGUUGUGUUCGUCUGCAUGCAGGGUUAUGGUGGUCUGGCUAACAGCUUCCUCUCCACCCCCUUGUGGCAGCCCCUCUCAAGGCUCUCCUACUCCGUCUUCAUCUGGCACAUGUUCGUCCAGGAGAUAAACAGCCGGAAUGUGAGGACCAGCACUUACUUCUCUUCCUACACUGUGAUGCUCAACUUCUGGUCCGACUUUGGCAUCAGUCUGAUUAUGUCCUAUGCCUUAUAUCUUAUUAUUGAGGCCCCUAUAGGUGGACUGCAUUCCCUUUGGAGUUCCACUCGAAAUGUAAAGUCGCCAGCGGCGGUUGUGGAGCACAAGCGUAAAGUCAAUUCCCUCAAUGCUCCCAAUCGCCAGUCAAUUAAAAUGGUUAAUGUAGUGAGUAGUUUACUGCUCUACGGACUGGUCGCCACCUGUGCCUUGGAGCUCACGGAUCCCAAUGUACCGGAUACAUAUGAAUACACGAGCCAGUUGCGGCCAUUGGGAUUGGAAUUUGCUGAGUACUUUAAGAAUGUGACUCUGGAGAGCCUGGGCGUAUCCGACUCCAAGUUGGCCAGUGCGGAGGAUGUGUUAUGUUCGGCUGAAUUGGAGGCACUUAUGAAUGGCAUCUCAUCACGCCAAAUUUGGGCAUUAAAGAUGAUCGAUUCCUGGGGUACCGUUCCCAACGGACUUUUGACUGGCAAUGUGUACGACCUUGGCAACUUUGAUGAAUGCCUCUCGAUCAAUAAAGUGAUCAGUGGUCAGAGAAUAACAGGAAAGUACUGCUUCCUGCUGGCCAACAAAUUGAGGAUAGCCACUUGUUUUCCGGCUUCCUGCUCGGCCACGCAAAUGGAACCAUUUGUGAAGCAACUGAUGGCAUUGAUCCCCUUGAACAGCUCCAGUAUUGAUAUGAGGAUCAGUGAUGCCAGUUGCCAAACAAGUGAAAUUGAAUCUUGGGAUGGACUGACUAUAUUCACCAUAGUAAUCCUGUCCCUGUUGACUGUUAUUGUGAUGUGUUUUACGAUAUUUGAUUACUUCUUGUGCGAGGAUCACAAGACCCUUCCAGCUCUGGUGAAGGCUUUCUCGGCUAGAGCCAACUCUCGCACACUUUUCCGCAUCAUCCCAAAGAAGAGUAACCCAAAUGUGAUCGAGUGUUUCCACGGCAUCCGCUGCAUGACACUCUUUUGGGUGAUCUACAGCCACGAAUUUAUAUUUUAUCUGUUAUCACCAAACUUAAACACGAAUGAUUUAUUUUCUUGGGCCGUAACACCUUUUUCCAGUUUCGUGCUACACGGUUACUUCUCAGUAGACACUUUUUUCGUCCUGGGAGGCCUUUUGGUAUCUAUGAUUGCUCUACGUCAUAUGGAGAAAUCCGGGGGAAGACUAAACCCACUUUUGAUGUAUCUGCACCGGAUUAUACGCAUUUUGCCUGUCGUUGCCAUCGCCAUAGUAAUCUAUAUGAAAAUGAUGACAGUAGUCAGUGGUGGUCCAAUGUUCAAAAGUGGUUACCACGGCAUGGAGAAUUGUGAAAAUGGAUGGUGGUGGACUUUGCUGUUCAUUCAGAACUAUGCAGUGCAGAAUAUUUGUCUGGAUCAUACUUGGUACUUGGCAGUGGACAUGCAGCUAUUCAUCAUCUCUCCAAUCCUCCUGAUGGCUCUUUACAAGUGGGGCAAGAAGGCGGCUUCUCUAAUCGCCGUACUUGUGGUUUUGCUAUCCGGCUGCCUUUUUGCCACCCAGAUGGUCAACCACUACUCGAUGCUUAUUAAAAAUAACCACGGGAAUGACGGAGGUGCCAACAAAAGAUUGUAUCUAGCCACUCACACACACGCUGUUCCCUGGCUCAUUGGAUUCUUAUUUGGGUAUUUUCUGUAUAUAACUCGCGAAAAGAAGUUUCAGUUAAGUAGGCCUACAGUGUGGAUAGGCUGGCUGCUUAGCCUGGCGAUGCUGUUCACAUCGAUCUUCGCUCUAUAUCCGGCUUCUAUAUGGACUGCUCCUCCACUUUCCACGCUGGAGGAAUCUCUAUACUACACCCUCACCCGGCUGGCUUGGCCCCUGGCCAUUUGCUGGAUAAUCUUCGCCUGCAUGCAGGGCUAUGGUGGUUUGGCCAAUAGUUUCCUGUCCACACCCUUGUGGCAACCACUUUCUAGACUCUCCUACUCCAUGUACAUUUGGCACAUGUUUGUCCAGGAGGUGAAUGUCAGAAAUGUCCGGACUAACACAUACUUCACCAACUACAUUGUGAUGCAACGUUUCUGGUAUGAUCUUGGAUUCACUGUGCUUAUGUCCUACUUUUUGUACCUAAUUAUCGAAGCCCCCUUGUGUGGAUUUGAUAGUCUUUUACGGCGACAAAAGGACCCUCCAGCUACUAAUGAAGCAAACACUAUUUCUAAUGAGAGCAAUAUGGCGAACAGAGAUCACGAUGAUGAAAGUGACACUGAAAAAAACCCUAUUAAUAUUUCUGAAGUACCUAAAUAAUUUAAGAACGAUUCUCUUUACUUUUUAAAACUUAAUAAACGAUCCA